UGUAUAUUAAUUGGCUGACCUAGAUCUUUGCCUAAAAAAGAAUAAAUACAUAUUUUUUGUUUUAUUUUCACAACACUGGUGUAAAAGAUAUAUUAAAGUUUUAAUAAAUUAUUUGCUGCUGGUCAACCGAAUAUAUAAGAAUAAAAAAACAUUGAAAGUCCUUUCUUAAUAAAAUGAAAAGAAAACAAAGAACCAACAUAAAUAGUAAUUGAAAAAAAAGAGUAAAACAAGAGAAUCAUGGUGCAAGUGUGUGUGCAAUAUUUAUAAAAAAUUUACCAGAAAAAUCCUUGAAAAUUGAGAAAAGAAAAUCAGAAAACACAAAGGGACCUCUUCAUUUCAAGCUGGAAGGAUUUUUAGGCAGGAAUAAUGCCUCAAAGAACUUUAGAAAGAAAAACUAUAUUUUAGUUAGGAAGAAAAUCACCAAACAACACAACUCACAGCAAGCGAGAAGAAGCAGAAAACAAUUGUGGAGAAGAACAAGAGACUUAAAGAAAAACUAAACCAUCCCCAACUCACACACAGGAUAAUGUAGCUCUUAGGAACGUAGUGCCAAUUCAAAAAACAACCAAACGAAAGUAGUUCUAAAAAAUAUAUAUAUAUUCAUAAUUCCGCUAAAAAAUCUCACAUCAAUGUCUCCUUCUUACCAUUUUAACGAUUUUAAUUAAAUUUUAUCAAUAAUAACGAAAAGUAUUAAUUAAUUUAGAGCACAUUAAUAUUCAAUAAUAACAAACACCAAAAAUAUUUUACCAACUGCCACUAAGUUUCCCUACCAGGAGUAAUUUAUUAACAAAAGACCGAUGUUGAUUUGGUAUAAACAUUUCUAAAAAUUGAAAAAUAUAUUCCGACGUACGAAAGAACGAGCGUAAAACCUGCUAGUUUGAUAGAGCUGUAGCUACCGUUUCGUGUUUGCUUUCCCGCUAUGGGAAACUGCCUGAAAUGCUUCCAAUCAACCACAGAGCACACGUCGGCUACUUUGGGUAGUGGCGCUGUUACUGCAACUUCCUCAUCUGUACAAUCGGUUGGACAAACAACACAUCUAGUGGACGGUCGAUACACCGGUAUUUCGUUAAACAUUAAUGCCAAUGAAAGUCACCACCAUCAGCAGCAACAUCACCAACAUUUGCCACACCAUCAAAUGCACUCUGUAAGGGGAGGAGGUACUUUCUAUAAGGAAAGAUCUCAUGAAACUGACGAAUUGCUCUCUACUAGAAGUCCACUCAAACCAGCAAACCAUUGUGAUACAAAACGUAGUAGUUUUAAGAAAUCAUUAGUUCUGCUUAAUGGUAAUGCCGCAGCCAUGAGCGAUAUAAUAGCAACGGUUAAAGAAACCUCUGAAGUGUCCGAUAAUACAUUGAAUAAAUUAUUCGAAGAAUAUAAAGAACCCGACGAGGACAUGAUAUUAGCCGAGGGUAUUGAACGAUUAUGUGGAGAUCUCAAUUAUCAACCAGAUGAAUUUGCCAUCUUGGUGCUAGCCUGGUGCUUAGAUGCUUCGCAAAUGUGUCGUUUUACUCGUACAGAGUUUAUAGAAGGGCUACAUAAAAUGCGAGCCGAUACAAUUGAUACAAUACAUAUAAGACUGGAGCAGACAAUCGAAACACUGAAAGUGGACGCUGAAUUGUUUAAACAAUUAUAUCGGUUUACUUUUAGAUUCGGUUUGGAGCCAGAUCAACGUAUUCUAUCCUUAGAUAUGGCCAUUUCAUUAUGGAAAUUAGUUUUCACCGUGCACACACCCGAUUUACUUAGUAAAUGGAUACAUUUCUUAGAGCAGCAUCCUAGUAUAAGAGGCAUUCCAAAGGAUACAUGGAAUAUGUUUUUAAAUUUCUCCGAACAGUGUGAUAUCAAUAAUUAUGAUGAUACCGAAGCCUGGCCCAGUCUAUUCGAUGAUUUUGUUGAUUAUGAAAAAUCACGCUUAGAAUCGGGAGCCACAGACGCCCUAACAGCCACUACAUUAACACACGAUGAUGAUAAUAACAAUGAUGAUCCUCUGCAGCAGAAACAAACUCAAGAUAAUACAAGCUCAAUGAAUGUAUUAUAGUAUUAAGAAACCAUUUUCAUUUAAACAACAACAAAAAAAGAAACAAUUAGCAUUUAAACAUAUUACAUAGAAACAAACAAGCAUACAACAAUAACGACAAAACGAUAAAGCAUAAAUUCGAUAUCCGAAAAAGGCUAAAUGUGUAAAAUUGUAUAUUAAACCGUAAAAUCAUUCUAUAACGAUUUUCUUUUAACGAUACAAUUUUAAAUAAUCGCUUUUCAAUAGUUUAUUUUUUAACAUUCCCUCCCAGCCAUCAUUUCUUUAGCUCAUUUACUACAUGUAUUUUUCCUUAAUCCCAUAAAAAGAGACGUAUUUUUUGGUGCUGGCAACCUCAUCUCUAAAAAACGAUCUCUAUGUUUUACACUUGCUGCAUGGAAUUCAUAUUACAUUAACUAUUUUAAAAUUAUUUUCUUUUUUAUAUAUAUUUUACAUAACUAUUCAAUUUUUGUUUGUAUAUAAACUUUCAAAAAAAAAAAAAACUGUAAUUCAUGACAUAGAAAAUUAUCUCGUAAUUAUGUAUUUAUUUCAUACAUACAGAAGUACGCAGAAGCAUAGAAACAUACAAAAUAUACAUACAUAUUCAUUCACAAACAUCAAGAUCAUGAAAAUUCAUAAAAUUUUUAAAAGCAUUUUACAUUAAAUACAUUAAAAAUGAAAAACAAAAAUAAAAGUAAA